AUGCACACGCGAUUCACUUUGCCGCAACAGUUUCUCUCGCAAAUGUUCUUCCCAAAUAUCCCGGCAAUGGCCGGUGGAUCGUCAGCUGAUCCUUCACCCUCAUCCUCAUCCACAACGAUUUCUUCUCCAGCACGUUUAUCGUUUGAUACGGCGAACACCGCUCAUUCCAGCCCGUCGCUUACCACAGUAACAGCAGCAGUAACUGCUACUACUGCUUUUCUAAUUGAGGAUGAAAAAAGCAAUUGUUAG